AGUUUUAUAACAGCAGAGUUGUGCAUACAGCCUUAGUAUGAAGAGCUGAUGCUGUUUUUCAUGUAAGACCUUAACCUCCAGCUUCACAGCAGCCGACAACAUGGUGAACCUCGGUCUCAGCAGAGUGGACGAUGCGCUGGUCGCGAAACACCCGGGUUUAGAGAGUUAUGCUGCCUGUCAGUCUCAUGCCUUCAUGAAGGGGACUGGGAGCUUUGUACUUGGUGCUGCUGGUUUAGUUGCCGUUCAGAGGGCUCUGCAGAAGAAGCUGCCUUAUCCUCUUCAGUGGAGCCUGCUCAUUUCAGUAGUGGCAUCAUCAGUGGGCAGUUACGCAGUGACGCGCUGGGAAACACAGAAAUGCUCAGACCUCUGGCUGCUACUAGAAACAGGAAAAGUCCCCGACAGAUCCCCGCCACAGGUGCCUAUACCAGAGGAAUCAAAGGGAUCUGGGAAGACAAAAUAUGGCGAUGAAAUGGAUUAAACAUGAUUUUAAAUGAA